CGCGGGAAAUUCCCCUCCCGCCAGGCUGCUCACCUCUCGGCCGGGCCAGCACUCGGCUCUCCCCGCUCCACCCCCUGCCCCUGGCUCCGGCACGGUGGACGGCGACGCUGGGUGACCCGGGGCGCAAGAAUUCAGGGGGUGGGAAGGUGUGAGCUGCAAACCCAGCGGAGGGCGGGAAGAAGGAGGAGGCCUCUAGGGUGGUCGGGGGACUGGGGGCCCCGCCGGCACAGGUCCCUCGGCCUCCUGACUGACUGACUGCGGCCGCCUCCGGCCAGGGCGCUGGGAGCUGCCUGCGGGAAGGUGCGGGGAGCGGAGCCAUGGCCUCCGAGAUGGGGUUUCACCAUGUUGUCCAGGCUGGUCUGGAACUCCUCACCUCAAGUGAUCCACCCACCUUGGCCUCGCAAAGUGCUGGGAUUACAGGUGCGUAUAACCCAUAUAUAGAGAUAAUUGAACAACCCAGGCAGAGGGGAAUGCGUUUUAGAUACAAAUGUGAAGGGCGAUCAGCAGGCAGCAUUCCAGGGGAACACAGCACAGACAACAACCGAACAUACCCUUCUAUCCAGAUUAUGAACUAUUAUGGAAAAGGAAAAGUGAGAAUUACAUUAGUAACAAAGAAUGACCCAUAUAAACCUCAUCCUCAUGAUUUAGUUGGAAAAGACUGCAGAGACGGCUACUAUGAAGCGGAAUUUGGACAAGAACGCAGACCUUUGUUUUUCCAAAAUUUGGGUAUUCGAUGUGUGAAGAAAAAAGAAGUAAAAGAAGCUAUUAUUACAAGAAUAAAGGCAGGAAUCAAUCCAUUCAAUGUCCCUGAAAAACAGCUGAAUGAUAUUGAAGAUUGUGACCUCAAUGUGGUGAGACUAUGUUUUCAAGUUUUUCUCCCUGAUGAACAUGGUAAUUUGACGACUGCUCUUCCUCCUGUUGUCUCGAACCCAAUUUAUGACAACCGUGCUCCAAAUACUGCAGAAUUAAGGAUUUGUCGUGUAAACAAGAAUUGUGGAAGUGUCAGAGGAGGAGAUGAAAUAUUUCUACUUUGUGACAAAGUUCAGAAAGAUGACAUAGAAGUUCGUUUUGUGUUGAACGAUUGGGAAGCAAAAGGCAUCUUUUCACAAGCUGAUGUACACCGUCAAGUAGCCAUUGUUUUCAAAACUCCACCAUAUUGCAAAGCUAUCACAGAACCCGUAACAGUAAAAAUGCAGUUGCGGAGACCUUCUGACCAGGAAGUUAGUGAAUCUAUGGAUUUUAGAUAUCUGCCAGAUGAAAAAGAUACUUACGGCAAUAAAGCAAAGAAACAAAAGACAACUCUGCUUUUCCAGAAACUGUGCCAGGAUCACGUUAAUUUUCCUGAGAGACCAAGACCUGGUCUCCUCGGUUCAAUUGGAGAAGGAAGAUACUUCAAAAAAGAACCAAACUUGUUUUCUCAUGAUGCAGUUGUGAGAGAAAUGCCUACAGGGGUUUCAAGUCAAGCAGAAUCCUACUAUCCCUCACCUGGGCCCAUCUCAAGUGGAUUGUCACAUCAUGCCUCAAUGGCACCUCUGCCUUCUUCAAGCUGGUCAUCAGUGCCCCACCCCACCCCACGUUCAGGCAAUACAAACCCACUGAGUAGUUUUUCAACAGGGACACUUCCUUCUAAUUCGCAAGGUAUCCCACCAUUCCUGAGAAUACCUGUUGGGAAUGAUUUAAAUGCUUCUAACGCUUGCAUUUAUAACAAUGCCGAUGACAUAGUCGGAAUGGAAGCGUCAUCCAUGCCAUCAGCAGACUUAUAUGGUAUUUCUGAUCCCAACAUGCUGUCUAAUUGUUCUGUGAAUAUGAUGACAACCAGCAAUGACAGCAUGGGAGAGACUGAUAAUCCAAGACUUCUGAGCAUGAAUCUUGAAAACCCCUCAUGUAAUUCAGUGUUAGACCCAAGAGACUUGAGACAGCUCCAUCAGAUGUCCUCUUCCAGUAUGUCAGCAGGCGCCAAUUCCAAUACUACUGUUUUUGUUUCACAAUCAGAUGCAUUUGAGGGAUCUGACUUCAAUUGUGGAGAUAACAGCAUGAUAAAUGAGUCGGGACCAUCAAACAGUGCUAAUCCAAACAGUCAUGGUUUUGUUCAAGGUAGUCAGUAUUCAGGUAUUGGCAGUAUGCAAAAUGAGCAAUUGAGUGACUCCUUUCCAUAUGAAUUUUUUCAAGUAUAACUUGCAAGAUUUAAAUCCUUUUAAAUCUUGAUACCACCUAUAUAGAUGCAGCAUUUUGUAUUUGUCUAACCGGGAAUAUAAUACUGUAUUUAUACUGUAUAUAUAUAAUACUGACUGAGAAUAUAAUACUGUAUUUGAGAAUAUAAAAAACUUUUUUCAGGGAAGAAGCAUACAACUUUGGACAUAGCGAAUACAAAAUUGGAAGCUGUCAUAAAAAGACAACUCAGAGGCUGGGCGCAGGGCCUCACACCUGUAAUCCUAGCACUUUGGGAGGCCGAGGCGGGUGGAUCACUUGAGACCAGGAAUUCGAGACCAGCCUGGCCAACAUGGUGAAACCCCGUCUCUACUAAAAAUACAAAAAUUAGCUGAGCAUGGUGGUACAUGCCUGUACUGUCAGCUACUUGGGAGGCUGAGGCACAAUAAUUGGCUUGAACCCAGGAAGUAGAGGUUGCAGUGAGCUGAGAUCACACCACCGCCCUCCAGCCUGGGUGACAGACUGAGACUCUGUCUCAAAAAAAAAAAAACAUGCUUUUUUAUAUUUCUUUUUAUAAUGUUUUAAUGUAUUCUUAAAUUUCAAGCAAAUUUAAGAUAAAACUUGUAAUGGCUAUGCCAUUGAAAAACUUAAUUUCUUAUUUUUGAGGCCCAUGGGCCGAGGUAACCCCUAAGGGGUUUUCUUAGGCUUCUUGGAGCUUAGAUUUGUAUGUAUAUCAAAAUGUCUUUAAAAUGUUAAGUUGGGCAGAAGGCAGUUGAAGUGAGCUUUCAAGAUAUGGGAGGUUUUCUACAUUUUAUACUAUUUCAAUCUGUGCCUUUAAAGUUGCUUAUGAUUUUAGCUUUACACUCAUAUUUUUUAAGGGGAAGAAGUUUCCUUGGACCAUUCACCUUUCUUAGAUGUCCUCACUCCCUGUGAUCUCAUAAAACUGCCUAUUUGACAUCUCUAUCUAGAAAUCUAAUUAAAGCUCACUCUCAGCAUAUCCAAAACUGAAUUCUUGGUCUUCCCUCCCAAACUUGCUUCUCCUUCAGUCUUCUCCAACUUAGUAAAUGGCAAUGCCAUACUUCUAGUUGCUCAGGCCAAAAAGCCUGAAGUCAUCCUUGAUUCUUCUUUUAGCUCCCAUAUCCAAUCCAUUAGCAAAUCUAGUAGAACCUACCUUCACAAUAUAUCUAAAGCUGACCACCUCUUUUGACCUAUUAACGCCCUAUUCCAAGCCACCCUAUUCCAAGGUGGCUUGGAAUACUAUUAACGCCCUAUUAUUAACGCCCUAUUCCAAGCCACCAUCAUCUCUUCCCUGGAUUGAAGCUGUCACCUACAAAAAUUCUUCUUAUAUCCUUGCAUCCCUACAGUCUGUUCCCUGUAAAGUAGCCAGAAUGAUUAUUUUUAAAACAAGUCAACUCAUACCAUUCAUCUGCUCAAAACAAUUCAAUGGCUUCUCAUCUCACUCAGAGCAGUCAAAGUCCUUAAAAGUUGCAGGCCUAGACUCCCUGUCCUACCUCAGGUACCACCAUAUCCCACCUCCUCAUGCAGCUCCAGGCACCUUGGCCUCAGUGCUCCUCAAAGCAUCAAGUAUGCACUUGCCUUGGACUCUGUACUUGGUAUUCCCUCUGCCUUGAAUGUUGUUCUCCCAGAAAAAUGCAUAGUCCACUCUUUUACAUCCUUCAGGUGUCACUCCACUCUUACCUGAGUAGGUCUUCUUGAAUAUAUACAUCAGCAUUCCCUGUCCCCCCUGCUUUAUGUAUGUCCAUAGCACUCACCACGAUCUGACUUUACUAAGUAUUUAUUCAUUUACUGUUUGUUUUCCCAUACCAAAAUAUAAACUUUCUAAGGACAGAAAUUUUUGUGCUUUAUUGUUGAAUCUCCAAUUUGUAGAAAAAUGCCUACCUUAUAUUAAACACUCAGUAAAUGUUUAUUGAACCUUAAAAGUAUUACUAAUAGAACUUUAGUUUUUGAAAGAAAUAAUAACUUUAAUUAUAAGACAUAUAUGAUUUUUGCAGUUUUACUUAGUGUGACAUUGGGUUUAUGAGAAUCAUGUACAUUCAAGUCCAGGAAUAAUAAUGGUCAUCCAAAUUGUUUGAAAGGAAAAUAAUCCCAGUGGCAAAAUGAUGGUAGAAUUUGGGUAAUCUUUUUUUUCCUUUUAUGAAAAGAGAUUUUAUUGACGGUAAAACAUUAGAGGUUCAUUGAGAAUCUCUAAAUCCAUGUUUUGACAUUGUCAAGCUCAUUGCAACUUCCAGAUUGAGUAACACUUAUAACACAUUUCCUUUUCAAAGUACAAGAUUUUUAAAAGAGACUUGUUACAUAUUCAUUUGGCUGGUUUCAAAUGGUGAGCUGAAUGCUGGGUAAUCUCUACUAGCUCCUUAAUCAGAUUUAAAAUUCUCAGUGUUUCCUAGUUGUUUCUACAUACUUUAUCUGAGUUGUUAUAGCUGUAACAUUACACUUUAUUUGCUGUUUGUGUUUCAUGACUUUUGGUAAUUCUGGCAUUUACAAACCUUUCACUUUGCUUCAAAAGGUAGUGAUAUUUUAGGAGUUUUCAUUUGAUAUAUAAUUAUUUAUUGUGCCCUUUUAUUUCCCAAAGACAUUGUAAGGGUUAAUUAGAUCAUUAUAUUUUAUUAUUACAGAUUAAAGUUGGGCAAUAAUCUUAAUUAUGAUGGAAUUAUCAUUAUGCUAAGUAAUUAACUUAUUAAAGACCUAGUUUGUUUUACAACUAGAACCUGCCCUAAAUGUUGAAUAUCUUCCUAGCAAGAAACAGUCUGUCAUUUUACUUACACGAUGUCUAACCAAACCAUAACUUUAUAUAAACUAGUCGUUUCGGUCAAAUUGAGAAAUGUGUGAAUGCCAUAAAAACAAAAAUUCUCAGUUAAAUGAUACUGGGAAAUAGGGAAGAGAGCAAGGUAAGACUUGGGCUCAGGAUGGUUCAGGAAGGAAAAAAAAAAGAAUUAAAGACCCCUGAGUACCAUUAAUAUUCCUCAGAAAUUAUUAUUUCAAAAGGAAAUAUUUCUGUAUUAUAAAUUUUUCAUGAACAGCCAUUAUGAAAUCUCACAAGAAUCAUAGAAUUCAAUAAAAAAGGUAGAAAGUAAUGUUUUAUUUUUUAUUUAAAAAUAUAAAUUAAAAUAAAUUUUUAAAAUCAUAAGCACAUAAAUAGAACUUACCAGGGAGAAAGAAAAACCUGAAGGCACAAUUUCUUUUCUGUUCAAAAUAUGAACCCAGGAUGUCUCUAGAUGAUGAUGGAUAGGUGGGGAGAAUUUUUUUUUUUAAUACAGAAUCUCAUAGUUUUGGAUUAAUUAGCACCAAUCAGUUUAAACACUGUUGGAAUAGCUACAUGAGUUUUUUUCUUUAAACUAAAUAAGCGUUGGCUACUUAGUAUAAGUAAGUAUAAGCAGAAUUAAGGUUCUGCUACAUCUGUGUUUAGAAUAUUUUUUUAAAACUAAAUAAGCGUUGGCUAGUUUUGCGGUGUAAGCAGAAUUAAGGUUCUGCUACCUCUGUGUUUAGAAUAUUCCCAAUGGAUUUUUCAUUUUUCAGGUGCUAUUUUUUGACCAUAGACUUUAAUUUAAAAUGAAUUUGGUAACGUUUCUCCUCUAUCUCUACAUAUAUUUAUGCUUUUCACCUGCUCUUUUAACACCUGCUUUUAGUUUCUGAGGCACUUUUCUGAACUCUACUUGUGCACUGGAUCCCUCCUCUUUUCUCUGCCAGGCUGUGUUUACUUUAUCCUUACAUCACCACUUAGUGAUUCCUUUCUUUGUAUAAACAUGGUAAAUGUCUUCAUUAGCCUAAAAGGAAAGACCAAAUAAAACCUUUCCUACCACUUGGAUGCGUUUGCAUCCUGACUUCUGAAAUGCUUCCAGCCUCCAUUUUCUCCCUUCCCAGUUAUUCCUUAGCCCAGCCAUCUCUAUUUUUAGCUCCUACAAUUUUCUUAGGAUAUUCUGGGAAAGAUGAGCGGAGACUGCCGGCCUUGUCAAAUCUAGUGUCUUUUUAUCAGUCCUCACACUGCUUGACCUAUUUAUAACCUCCUAUACUUCCCUCUUUGGAUACUCCUCUGGGUUUUCUGUGGUAGACAAGAUUCCUCCCUGAGAUUUAUUUCCCAUGAGUCUUGACCCCUCCCCUCAGUUGGUGCUAUUUUUCCCCCUGGAUGAUCUUAUCAGAGCCCACAGGUUCAGUUUUCUUUCAUGCUACCUGAAUGUCCUGAUAAACUGGCUCUCUCUCUUCUUUACCUUCCAUAAUGGCAUUACCAUUUACCACUCCACCCAAGAUACUUACUAGGAACCUCAAAGUAUUGUAUUCUUUUUCUCCGUCCCACUCAUACUUAAUCAUCAAGUCCUUUUGAGCUUGUCUCCUCUUGCAUAUGUCCCUUCUUCAUUCCUGCUGCCUUCUUAGUAAAGGCCUUCAUUCUUUUUUCCCUAGUAAUAAUCUUUUCCAUAUAUUCCAGUUAAAAUACCACUUUCUCCCUAUUCCUUAUUACAUAGUUAGCAUUCCUUGAAAAAAAAAAAUUCUCUCAGGCCUCCAUACCUUUAACAUGUUACCCACUCUGCCUCUGCUCUUCUGGAACUAGAACACUCAUCCUUGAAGACUGGGCUUCUCUAUGAAGGUUGGUCCUGCCUCCUUAGUUGAGGUGAAGUUUUGUACAUGCCUGUAUUAUGGACAUCCUCUUAUUUAAGUGUUUUUUCGUCAUUGGGACUCCAGCACCCAGCAUAGUCCCUAGUAUACUAGUUGGUGCCGAAUAAAUAGUAGCUGUUAUUAGAAAAGGAAGGGUGAAAUUGACAUAGGAAUUACUAAAAUGUAUAUGGAAACAAUUUUUAAAGGGAAAGGUAAUGAUUUUCUGGCAGGAAAAGCAGCAAUGACAAGAUUACUUAAGGCUUGUGAAAUACACUUCUCUUCCUUGACCUGCUGCUUCCCUUUUUUACCACACAUACACACACAUACCACAGCCCUUUGAGACUGAAAGCAGCUCUAUUGAGAAUAGUAGUGUCAACUGUAUUAUGUAGAAAUUCUAAAGUUUUUGGGAUUAUUUCAUAGCCCUGACCUUGCUACUUCUCUCCACUUUAUGUGGCAGGUUUAAUCUCAGGUCUCCCUCAUACACUUCUCAGCCUCAACACCUAACCCUCACACAACACUCCAGUAUUGAUGCAAUCAAUCUUGUAUAACAUUUUUUGAAUGUCCAAUGUGCAAAGCACCAUGUUGGAAAUGAUACAGAGGUGAAUAAGACAAAAACUCUUGCUCUCAAAGAUGUCAGUCUUUUUCUUUGCAAGGAUAACACAUGUAGAGUAAAAUGCAUAAAGGGGACUAAUUUUAAAUGUACAGCUUAACUAAUUUUUAUGUAUGUUAACACCCAUGUCACCACCAUGUUUAGGACAUUUCCAACACCCCAGAAAUUUCCUUCAUGCCCCUUCCCAAUCUGCACCUACACCUCUAAAUCUAUUUUCAAUCUUAAUGGCCUUUUAAAUAACUGGGCCUCUCACAACCAUAGUGAACAGCAACAGCUGGGUUGUCAACGUUUAACCUAAUACUUCAGGAAAACUCGUGAUAGUUUCCAUGUUAAGAGAGACAUGGAACAGGGCAUUGGGCAUGGUGGAUGGAUCACUCCUGUAAUCCCAGCACUUUGGGAGGCCGAGGUAGGGGGAUUGCUUGAGCCCAGGAGUUCAAGACCAGCCUGGGUAAUAUAAGGAAAACCUGUCUCUGCAAAAAAAAAAAGAAAAAGAAAAAGCCAGGCAUGGUGACAUGUGCCUGUGGUCCCAGCUAUUAGGGAGGCUGGGGUGGGAGGAUCCCUUGAGCCCAGGAGGUUGAGUCUGUAGUGAGCAGUGAUUACGCCACUGCACUGCAGCCUGGGCAAGACCCUGUCUCAAAAAAAAAAGACUUGGAAUUGGUGAUCCAGGCUGCCUAAUGGCAUCAAAUAAUUUGUUAUAUCUUUAAUUCAUUUAUUGAAGGAUCACCACAUGCUUUUAAAUAGCAUGGAGAAAUGGAAAGAAUAGGGACUUUUUACUCAGGUAAUACCCAGCCUGCUACCUAACAGGUUGUGUUGUACUAAAUAAAAUGGUACAUAAGAAGAAACACUGUAAAUUAUAUAGUUCGAAUCAAAUAUUGUUAAUAAACCAAUAUAUGUAUAUCCUAUGUCCCUGAUUAAUCUUUAAUUUAGAUACUCCUUCUAGUUAUCUAAUACACAGCAGAGUGAGAAAAAUCAUUAUGGAUUAGGUUCUUUAGUAAGAAACCUGAGAUGGACUUCUCAUUAGCAUUAACUAGUUAUUGUCCAGCUUUGGAGAGCCUUCUUUUGGCCUUGUUUUUCCAGAAACAUUUCCUAUUGAUUAAUGAAGGUAAGGCCAAUUUUAAUGACUUCAAUUCUGAAAUUUUGUGACUCUUUAUUUGUAAAAGUUGAUUAUGAAUUGGGAGUGGUUUGACUUUUCCUAAAAAUGAAUCUCAUAGCUAAUGAAGUUGCCACUGAAAGUUUCUCAUCUGUUUUGUUUUCAGACGUUGACUAUAAAAGGGGAAAAAUUGGAAUGCUUUUUGUAUCAUACGUAACAGAAAAUGUCAUGCCAUUUAUCAUUUAUUAUAAGCCCAGAAAUAGGUGACUAAUCAGAGAUAAAUGUAUGGGUUGUCUGUAUCUAGUUUUAUGCCCUUUUUUGCCUAAGACGUAGUCAAAUUAAUAUUUUAACUAAUACAUCUUAGCAGAGUUUAGUUAAGCACAAAGUUAACAGUGGGUAAGAUUGAAUCUUGAAAGUAAUCAUGUCUGUAAUGUUUUUCAUGCAUGCAAAAAACACAGACAAAACCACUCAUGCCCUAUUAAUAAACAAAAUACAGAUCAAAGUUUUAAAAAGUAAUCACUCUAUUUAUUCUAAAUGUCUGUGGCUUUAGGAAAAUACCACCAGCUAGUACUUACCUAUUUAAAGAUGUAGAAUUUAUUAUCCUCUAAUAUUCUUAUCACUUGUUUCCACAACUUUAGUUUACUAUUGGACUUUCAAAAAUUUAAAGAAUUACAAGUAAAAUUCAUUAAACACCUGUGUGUGAAUAUUAAUACACAGUAAUUAGUACAGAAUGUUGCUUCUUCAAAUUGAGUUUUCAGGGAAAUCAGCAAGUAAAUGAAAUACAAAUUUUUGGUAAAAGUAUCAAACAUUCAUCUUGCCCAUUUUUCCUCUUAAACUUUAUUAUCUAAUCAAACAUAGUUUUCCAUAAGAUGUAAUAAAAUAUAGAUAAGGUUGGAAUAUUUGAGGAUCCAUUUGUGGAAUUGAAUUUAAUGAGACUUCAUUGGUGAUACACUCGAUUUUUACUGGGUAAUUAGCUGGUAAUGUUGGUCACUGUCUCACAGUUCAAGUAGCUUUAAGAUGACGUGGCAAGGAAAACACAAAGCUUUUGGGUAACCAGCGUUCUUAAAUGUAUGGUUUUUGACCAGGUGAACCCUUUAGAAGUGAUUUCUGUUUUAAAAGUAUGUACUUAAAAUACCUUUGGCUGUGAUGAAUCUAGAUCCCAGCAGAAUACCAAAAUCCUAUUUUUUUGACUGAGUAUUUGUAUAUGCUUAAUGACUGAAAUGAAUUUGGAGGUACUGAUGAAAGUCAUUUUUUAAAGUUCUCAGGUACUGUUCAAUUAUUUAAUGUUAAGUUUAGUAUCAAGAUGCAAUUGUUUUUAAAAUGCCAAAAUGCUGUUUAUUAUACAGAAUAUUUUAUUACAUUUGUAAUAUCUUUGUAUACAGUGAUGUUUUUCUUGAUAAUAUAAUAAAUGGAAAAAUUCUAAAACA